AUGUCCCUAAUCCUCUCCGCUUGGUGGCAACCGAUUAUCGUUUGGGAACACCAGCCCGUUGGGACCAUAGAUUGGGUCUGCAACGAAGCCAAGAAAGCUAUGUUGCCUUACGAGGAGAAGGGAUUGAUGAAAGUAGUUACUUACCAGCUUCCUGUUCCUUGUGGCGAUUGCUCUGUACAUCUUCUCAUCGAUGGGGAUGGUCAAACACUGAGCGCUUUCAUAAUGGACGGCGGAAGAGAUGCUCAAGGUCUCAAAGCUUGCGACGUAGUCCUUUCCGGACUCAAAAUUAUUACUCGAAUCCACAAUCUCAAGCCGCAUUUUUUGAGAGUAUGGGUUGUUACACAUUGGGACAAGGACCACUACGAGGGAGUGCUCGAACUUCUCCAGUACGAAAAGCUACACCAAGAGCUAAACGAAUAUAUACAAACGGACAACUUUAUGCUCUAUGGAGUAACAAGCAAAAAGGCAAGGAGUAAAAUCAUAGCGACCAUAAAACUCGGGCUCGGCGUCAUAGGGUGCAACUUCUUCGGCGAGGAGUUCAACAAAUCUGGUGUCGGUUUCUGGUGUGUUGGUGGUGAUGGCUAUAGCUACGACACUGCCAUCGACUUUAAGAGUCUCCCGACACCCCAAUCUGACAAGAACACACCUAAAAAGCCCCAGUUGGUUUGCAAGAACAGCACGUAUCCUACCCAGAAUGAGAGAUCCCUCAUGGCUGCCACCAUAUGGCCCAAUGCUGAUCAGGCUAAACUGCUGGGUGUCCUGUUCCUAAUUGGCUGCAUCUACAAUGAAGGCAACUCAAAGCAUGACGGCAAGCUCUUAUACACGACGCGCCUACCUUACUGGGUUGAUGCUAGCAAGUUUGAAGAGUGGUGCAACACUGAUAUCAACCUCAGUGGCCGAAUCUCUGGAUUGUUUCGGUCUGGUGGGCCUCUUUCUAAGGAAACCAAGUUCCUGAGUGGCAAUGAGUCCAAGAAUGCUCUUGUGAAGAUGUUUGAAGAUUCUCAAUCGCGUAAAAAUGCCUUCUGGAGAGAUCAACUCAAAAAACCACUACAAGAAGAAGACGACGAGGACGAAGAGGAUGAUCCUCCAUAUACUCAUCAAGCUGCUCUCAAAGAUUUCCUUCUCAACAAGCACUAUAAUGACAAUGCGGGUCCGGAUGACUCCAUUCAAGCACGUGUCACAAGAGAGCUCGAGGCCUCUAUCAAGGAGGGAACUGAUUGGAAGUAUAAGAUGGAUGACGAAAAUGAGAUGGAUAGGGAGGCGCAGAUAGACACGGAGCAGAAGGCGGACAAAGACAAGAUGGAUGAAGAGGUGAAGAAGGAGACGGUGAGGAAGGCGGGCAAAGACAAAGAGGCGGACAAGGAGAAGAAUAAGAAGAAGAAGAAGAAGAAGAAGAAGAAGAAAGGCGAGAACGACAGGAACACCGACGACAAACAAAACGUGGUACAGGAAUGUGUCAACAUAUGGAACACAAUCUCAGAGCAAAGUAUCAAGUAA